ACUCAGUGCAAGCUCAAACCGUUGUGUAGACGCUCACAGCGUAACGACUUCCGUCAUGAAGGUUGCCGUCGUUCUCGCCUGCCUGCUGGUGGCCGUCGCUGCCAAGCCCCAGUUUGGAUUCCCUGGAUUUGGCAGCGCCACUGGAGGAGCCAACUCUGGUUCUUUCCAGGGACAGUCCAGUGGCCUCCUCGGUAACAGUCAGGUUCAGAACAGCUUUGCCAGUGCCGGGGGUUCUGCUUUCGGUGGCGGUGCCUCGCUGAACAGCGCCGGUAGCACCGCCGGACAGAGCAUCGGACUGUUCGGAAAUACCCAGUUCGCCAACAACCAGGCCACCAGCAAUCAGUUCGGACGUUGAUUUGUGAUGUCUAAACUGAGCUGUACCUUUGUGAUAAUGUUAUGGUUGUGUAACUGUGCGAUGUUUUGUUUCGACGUGUAAUAAUGAACCGAUAAACGAAAAAUAAA